GUGAGGAUAGGAGGGGAACAACAUAAAUUGAAAAGGAGAAGUGGGAGGCGCAGACCGGAGGAAAGAUUGGUUGACCUGACCGACCGCUAUGCCGAGGGAAAUCAUCACACUGCAGGUUGGACAAUGUGGCAAUCAAAUAGGUACAGAAUUCUGGAAGCAGCUCUGCCUCGAACACGGGAUAAGCAAGGAGGGCAUACUGGAAGAUUUCGCUACACAGGGGGGUGAUCGAAAAGAUGUCUUCUUUUACCAGGCAGACGACGAGCAUUAUAUUCCGAGGGCGCUGCUUAUGGAUCUGGAACCCAGGGUUAUCAAUGGGAUUCAGAACAGCGACUACAGGAAUCUUUAUAACCAUGAAAACAUAUAUCUGUCCAACCACGGAGGUGGAGCUGGGAACAACUGGGCGAGUGGGUACCACCAGGCGCAACAAGUGGAGGAGGACAUCAUGGAUAUGAUAGACAGAGAGGCAGAUGGAAGCGACAGCCUCGAAGGCUUUGUGCUCUGUCAUUCGAUUGCUGGAGGGACUGGGUCAGGGAUGGGUUCAUACCUGCUGGAGGCAUUGAAUGAUCGGUAUGGGAAGAAGCUUGUGCAGACUUAUAGUGUCUUCCCAAACCAGAUGGAGACAAGUGAUGUGGUGGUUCAACCAUACAACUCGCUUUUGACGCUCAAGCGUUUGACACUGAAUGCUGACUGCGUUGUUGUUCUCGACAAUACUGCUCUCAACCGAAUCGCAGUGGAUCGCCUUCACAUCUCCAACCCUACUUUUGCCCAGACCAAUUCGUUGGUGUCUACUGUUAUGUCUGCAAGCACGACGACCCUGCGAUAUCCAGGCUAUAUGAAUAAUGACCUGGUCGGGCUGAUCGCGUCUCUUAUUCCCACCCCCAGAUGCCACUUCUUGAUGACAGGCUACACUCCAUUGACGGUGGAGCGACAGGGAAAUGCUGUGCGUAAAACGACAGUGCUUGAUGUGAUGAGGAGACUCCUUCAGGCAAAGAACAUCAUGGUGUCUUCAUAUGCAAGGUCAAAGGAAGCUAGUCAGGCAAAGUAUAUAUCCAUCCUCAACAUCAUUCAAGGAGAGGUGGAUCCCACACAGGUACACAAGAGCCUUCAAAGAAUCCGGGAGAGAAAAUUGGCCAGCUUCAUUGAAUGGGGACCUGCAAGUGUGCAGGUGGCACUUUCACGGAAGUCGCCGUACGUGCAGACAUCUCACAGGGUGAGCGGGCUGAUGUUAGCAAGCCAUACAAGCAUACGGCAUCUUUUCAGCAAGUCCAUCAACCAGUACGAGAAGCUCAGGAAGAAGCAGGCCUUCCUGGUCUACUACCGGCAGUUCCCACUGUCCAUGGAUAAUGAUCUAUCAGAAUUUGACGAGUCAAGGGAGAUCAUUCAGAGCCUGGUUGAUGAAUACAAGGCUUGUGAGUCUGCAGAUUAUGUCAAAUGGGGCAUGGAGGAGACUCCCACACCACAUGUGCCUAUGGCAGAGGUUGCAAGCCGGUGUCUAGACAACUGUCCCGAGAUUGCUUGUGUUAGAGUUUCGCUAGACACCUCCCUCACGGGCGUGGCGGAAGAACUGAAGGAGAGGAUGCCCGUCUGGGCCAAGAUGAAGAAGGAGAAUAAAGAGCAGCUUAUAUUGUUAGAUACAGAGGUUAUUAGAAGUAGAGUAGGGGCCCUAGUAGAUUCAGGGGCCACCCGCAACUAUAUUAGCAGGAAAGUGCUGCAGAAGUUGAAGCUGGGACUUAAAGUCCAAAAGCUAGCAGACCCCAUAGUCAGUAUCCUCGCAGACAAUCGUACUAUGGUUGUAGAGGAGUACGUAGAGGGAGUCCAGGCGUAUUUUCGCCUAGAGAAGAAUGGGAAAGUGGAGAAGGUCCUCCACUCCUUGACUCUCCUCGUAGAAGACAGCCUCCCAUUCGAUAUUGUCCUGGGAAUGGAUUGGGGAGAGGCAGCCGGGGCCACGCUCCAUUUGAAGGAGCAUGAGUGUAGGCUCCCUAGUUCGUCAGGCGAGGCGAAGACCGCCCGCCUGUUCCAUGUGUCCGGGGUAGAGAAUUCCUUGGCACAUUGUUGCCUUAGUGCCCCCGCGUUCGCCAGAUUGGUGAAAAAGGAGAAACUAGAGGAACAGGUUUUUGUCGCCUAUGUCAGGCCAGCGACUGAGCCUACGGAAGAGAAGCCGAUGGACACUGCGAUUGCCAAGCUGCUGGAGGAGUUUAAGGAUUUGACUGAGCCGCCGACAUGCACGGUGCCGCGGCCCAUCCAACACCGUAUCGAGAUAGAGCCUGGCAGUAGAACUAAGGGUGUUGUGUAUAGGAUGUCCCCGCGGGAGUUAGAGGAGCUUCGCAAGCAAUUAGACGAGCUCCUCGUGAAGGGUUGGAUUAGGCCCACUUCGUCUCCUUUCGGAGCGCCUAUUCUCUUUGUUCCUAAGAAAGAGGGAGAGCUGAGAAUGUGCAUAGACUAUAGGGGUCUGAAUGCUAUUACAGUAAAGAAUGCUGAACCACUGCCUAGGAUAGAUGAUCUCUUAGAUCGAGUGCAGGGGGCGAAGUAUUUUUCCAAGAUAGAUUUGAAGUCCGGAUAUCAUCAGAUAGAGGUGCAUCCUGAUGAUCAGUAUAAGACAGCCUUCCGGACUAGAUAUGGGCACUACGAGUUCAUAGUGAUGCCCUUUGGACUAACCAAUGCGCCAGCUACGUUCCAGCGUUGUAUGAACGAUUUGUUUAGGCCGUGGUUAGAUAGAUUUGUUGUAGUUUAUCUAGAUGACAUCCUAGUGUUUAGCCGGACCCUCGAAGAACAUCAGGGUCAUCUCAGGCAAGUCUUGGAGAAGCUGAGAGAAGCUAACUUCAAGAUCAAUGCAAAGAAGUGCGAUUGGGCGAAGACCCAAGUUUUGUAUCUAGGCCACGUCUUAGACGGAGACGGCGUUAAGCCAGAAGAUAGCAAGAUUGCAGCAAUUAGAGAUUGGCCCACGCCACGUACACUGACAGAGUUGCGCUCAUUCCUGGGCCUAGCGAAUUACUACAGGAAGUUCGUGAGGAACUUCUCCACCAUCGCUGCGCCCCUUCGCAGAUUGCURAGAAAAGAGACAAUCUGGAAGUGGGACAAGGACUGCACGUCUGCCAUGMARAAGCUAAAGCAGGCGUUGAUAGAGUAUCCGGUCCUUAAGGUCGCCGAUCCGUCCUUGCCUUUUGUCGUUACUACGGAUGCUAGCCAGUACGACAUAGGCGCAGUGUUACAGCAAGACGAUGGCAAUGGCUAUAGACCCGUAGAGUUCAUGUCCGCUAGRAUGCCUUCAGAGAAGGUUGCGACAUCUACCUAUGAGAGGGAACUCUGCGCUCUCAGGCAAGCAUUAGACCACUGGAAGCACUACUUGCUUGGGAGGCACUUCAAAGCUUAUUCGGACCUUGAAACGUUACGAUGGUUAAAGACCCAGGCCAAGAUGACACCUAAGCUUACUAGGUGGGCCGUAGAGAUAGAUCAGUACGACUUCGAGCUCAAGUCUGUCAAAGGGAAGUACAACGUAGUCGCGGAUGCUCUGAGUAGGAGAACAGAUUACUUUGGGGCAAUAGUACAUUACCUCGAUAUAGGAAAAGAUCUGCAGCAGAAGGUUAGAGAAGCCUACGCGCAGGACCCUAUCUAUAGUGAGCUCCUCACGCGAGUCAAGGAGGCCCCAGAGACCGAGYCGAACUACCGCACUACURGAGGRUUACUCUUCGAGAAGACUAAUGUCUUUGACCGGUUGUGCAUCCCCAAUAGCGAAGAGAUCCGUAGUCUGAUUMUGGGGGAAUGUCACGACACAGAGGGUCAUUUCGGUUGGCAAAAGACUUUGGCCAAUCUGAUGCGCGCGUAUACCUGGCCAGGGAUGAAGAAUGACUGCGUAGAGUAUGUUCGCAGUUGCAAAGUCUGCCAGCGUAAUAAGAGUUCUACGCGCGCCCCGCUAGGUCUUCUCAGACCCUUGCCCAUUCCGGAUCAGCUGGGAGACUCAGUGUCAAUAGAUUUCAUGGACACUCAAGUCAAGAGCAGGCAUGACAAGAGCCAAGUCAUGGUCAUAGUUGACUGCUUUAGCAAGUACGCAAUUUUUGUUCCUUUGCCUUCUGAGGCGCGUACUGAUUUAGUCAUACAGAGGAAAGAACUUCUGGCGCUGUGUGAGGCGCUGCCAAGAAAGGGGUGUGUGGGAGUCUUCAGGCAGAGGAGGGUUAAUAAUUUCUCGGUCCUUGACUAUGCCAGGGGGGAAUAUGCUAUGGCCCCCUCAUUUAAUGCAAGAUAGGUGAGCUCGCAUAUGCUGAAAAAAAGCACGACCGUAAUAGGCAUCUUACUACCUUUUGGUGUUCGGUUCAUCAUAAAUUCUAAGUUUGAUGAUAGGAGCAGGUUGUCACAGUGCUUUCGCGGUAGUGCCUUUGCGUCUCUUUUCCGCUGCGGUUUUUGAAGUCCGUUAUCCGGAUGCUUGUGGGCCACACGCAGACUCGUUGCCAAACGC